CUGCUCAGUCCGUCUGAUGCUGGAGUCGGAGUCAAAUCUCUGUGGAUGAUCUCAUCGAGCUGUUCUUCUGAAUUCAUCGAUAUGAAGGCGCUAAUAGGGCUGCUGCUGUUGGUCUUUUGUCACGGUGUGUCCUCAGUGCUUCACACUCUGCACUAUUUCUACACAGCGUCGUCUUGUCUCCCAACCUUCCCAGAGUUUGUUGCUGUUGGGAUGGUGGAUGGAGUUCAGAUUGAAUACUAUGACAGCAACAUCCAGAGAACCGUACUCAAACAGGACUGGGUGGAGUUGUCCUCUCCCGACUACCCGGAGAGGACAAAUGUAAGCUUGCUGGUUGCCGAGGAGAGCUCCAAAGCCAACCUUGUGAAUGCCAAGAAGAGCUUUAACCACAGAAGAGGUAUCCACGUAUAUCAGGAGAUGUUUGGUUGUGAGUGGGAUGAUGAGGAUGAUUCUACAGAUGGUUAUGAGCAGCAUGGUUAUGAUGGAGAGGACUUCAUAGCGUUGGACCUGAAGACCCUGACCUGGGUCACUCCAGUACCUCAGGCUCUCCCCACCAAACAGAGAUGGGAUCAGGAUAGAGCUGAUUUACAAAAUAAGAAGAACUACUACACCAAGGAGUGUGUUGAUUGGCUGAAGAAGUUCCUGGCCUAUGGGAAGAGCACUCUGCAGAGAAUAGAGCGUCCGCGGGUGUCUCUGCUCCAGAGGAGCCCCUCCUCCCCAGUGGUGUGCCAUGCUACAGGCUUCUACCCUGACAGGGUGGUGAUGUUCUGGAGGAGAGACGGCCAGGAGCUCCAUGAGCGGGUGGACCCCGGGGAGGUCCUCCCCAACCACGACGGGACCUUCCAGGUCAGCGUGGACCUCAACCUCACGGCCGUCCCACAGGAGGACUGGGGGAGGUACGAGUGUGUGGUCCAGCUGAAAGGCAUCGAGGACAUCUCCACCCCCCUGGACCCCGCCCUCAUCAGGACCAACUCGGGGGACAAGGGAGACAUCCUUGUUUUCAUCCUUCGAAGUGUUGCUUGUGUUGCUGUUGCUGCUGCUACUGCUGUUGUUGGAGUCUUUGCGUACAAGAAGAGGGACGGUUCCGACACCAGCUCUGAGGGGCAGAGUCCGGCUCCUGAGGCCCAACCUCUGAACACAGGUCAAAGUUAAAUCAUGAAGAGGUUUCGCACGUUCAGCUUCUUAAACCAGGAGGGAGUGGAUCGCUGUUCAUUUAUAUUUCUUACAAUCAGUUUUGGGCUAUAUUUGCUCAAUUACAAUAACAUUCAUACUUACUUACUUUUACCUUGAUAGCAACCAUCAAUCCGUAAGAAAAGUGUCAAUGAAUUAAAACGCUGUAUUUGUGUUUUAUUUGAUUAACUCACUGGCUUAAACAUCCAAUCUUUCACUGAUGCUUGGAAACCAUUUUGUUUUGGUUCCCGCCGCUUCAUGUUAUAACCUUUUAAUUAUGUUAUAUUGUUUAGUAAUAUUUAAGUUUCAAUUAAUCUUUAAAGAUUCUGAAUUAAGAUUUUGGACAAUGAGAUUUGUCAAGUUUGAAUGCAAUAUUCGUUAAAUUUAAUGUGUUUCCUUCAAAUGUAUUAUUUUAGAGUUCUGCUAGCUAGAGAAUUGCAUUGCUACAUUGGCUACCACACUCGGGCUAGGCUGCUUUAGCGUUAAUGCUCUUUGUUGUAUUUUAUGUGUUCUUUUGGGAAUUGGAUCAUAUAUACUUGGGUUAUUCUGUCAAUAAAAA